GGUGAAGACAGCUUUAGUUGACUGCAAUACGACGUCGGUUUAAGGCUGCCGGGGUUCCAAUGGGUCUUGACGAUGAGCCACCCACGAGCUGCCGCCUUGCUGGGAAAGGAUAGAUAGGCACCAAUCAACGAAGUGUAGAAAUAGACGAUAUAAACCGCGGGCAGCCGUCAUGGAAUGGGCCCUGAUCCGGGCGGGUGAUCAUACUCACACCUUCAAUGACGAAGGAUCUCCAACCUAAACACCCAGUCGGAGCUAAAAGAUGGGCCUCUACGGCUUAAACUAUCGAUGUAUAUCGUUCCUUUUAUGCGCGUGUUUAAUAUUGGCGAGACCCGUGAAACGCGCCCCUCUCGAAUACCUACAAACCACUCAACACGGCGACGUCGCCUUCGGGCUUGGCGACAAGAUUUACUUAGCAAACAUUCGGUACCCCAAGACGAUCCUCGGCGGGAACGACCGGGCUGCGGCAAACCGGCAGGGUUCCUUGGUACCAUUCGCUGUCGUAUUUGCAGACAGAGAAGUUGUAACUGCCGAGUAUUUGCGAGAUAUUAUUGCGAGCUACUUAGAGGGUGACGACGUGUUCUCGGAGGACUUCUUGGAGGGUGUAUACAUUGUCAAUAAUGGCACGAGCAACAGCCAGAUCCUGGAUGCAAGUGCGCUUGAAUACCUGGACGAUCUUGCACCGCAGCAUUUACUCUUAGAUGUCAGUUUUGAAAGUAGCUGUUUAACUUACGUCGGGGACUCAAGUGCUAACAACCUCACUGCUGGGCCAUACGCCGCGCUGGUUUCGGAUGGCUCGAUAGUGUUCGGGACAGUGUACCGACUCUAUCGCGACUCAUACCGCAACUUUCUCUAUGGCGCAUAUGAGUCCAAUGAUGGGGAGGGCAGUUUUAGACCCGUAGAAAUAUUCCAGCCCCGAUUCUGGGACCCCAUGAUCCCAGUGCCAUCCCGUAUUUACAGCUGGGACGACACGAGGCCACUCGCAGGUUAUCGAGUCGCGAUCAAAGAUCUAUUCGACAUAAAGGGCCUAAUCACAUCGGGCGGCAGCCAGGCAUGGGCGGAGAUCGUCGAGGUUGCGAACGAGACUGCACCAUCCAUCCAACGGAUAGUUGAUUUAGGUGGUGUUCUCAUCGGCAAGUAUAAAUUGGCGCAAUUCGCAUCGGGUGCGAAUCCUUGGGACUGGCAAGACGAGCAUUACCCAUUCAACCCGCGCGGCGACGGUUGGCUUACGUGCUCUGCCUCAUCCUCUGGUGGUGGCUGCUCUGUAGCUGCGUACGACUGGCUUGACCUUGCAAUCGGCUCGGAUACCGGAUCCUCGAUGAGACGACCUGCUGCGGUGUCCGGGACCUACGGGAAUCGACCGAGCCAGGGGCUAAUGACGCUUUCCAGAGUCAUGCCGCUCGGUGCGGCGACAGACACAGCAGGAGUAUUCUCCCGAAACGUGCGCGAUUGGGUGCGCUUCGCUAAGAACUGGUACGUCCCUGAGAUGUGCCAGGACACUUCGAUCACGGGUUUGAGCCCCCUCGAAGCACCCGACUCAUAUGGCUUCCCAAAGCGCAUCUUGUAUCUCACCGACUACUUACCCCUGAAGAACCCGGCCGCGGAAGAGAUACUUCAGGGGUUUAUCCGAAAUCUGACGACGGUUUUUGGGAUGACGGUCGAAGAUUUUAAUUUGACUGCGGUUGUUGGUAACACAACUGGCGAAGUCCCUAAAUAUGACGCUCUAAAUAACGCCACGGCCGUCAUUAACUCUGUGACGCAGUACCAAAAGGUGGGUAAACCGCUUAUUGCAGCAUGGGGGGAACGAUAUGAGGGUCGCUUUCCACCGAUCGACCCAGCCCAGCGGCCCAGAUGGAAGGCGUACAACGAAUCGUUGUAUACCGAUGAGCUGUAUAACCGGUCUCUAAGUGUUAAGCGAGCGGCCGUAGACUGGUUUGAAUCGGAGAUACUAUACUCAACCCCGGAAUCGUGCAGUGAAAGCAUCAUGCUGUGGGACAUUGGCACAGGCGGGUUGCCGAGCUACCGGGAAGAAUCUCUCAACAGCGAUCCCAACACGACAGCCUUCCUAGCCGUGACACCGCAAACGGCAGGUAUCAAUGGGGCCAGCUUAUGCCCCAUAUACGGAUGUGUCGACAUGACGAUUCCGAUCGGGCAAGUCCCCUACUUGAGCAAUGUGAGUUUCAUCGAGGAGAUGAUGCCGGUUACGGUGAGUGUUAUUGCAAAAAGAGGCUGCGACUUUAUGCUGUGGAACAUGUGGGAGAAGCUUGCGGAUGAGGCGUUUUGA